AACCAGCAGUGACAAAAUAGCGUUUGUCUAAAGCGAACGUGAAAAAACGCGCUCCCGGGCUGCAUGAACAAAACGUGGCGCUUGUGUUCACGUUGUAACAAUAUUUACAGCUGUAUUUAUUUAUAUAAAUAAGCACACGUCAAAAUUAUAUAUAUUCGAGUUAUUCUCAAGAAAACGCGUGUGUUUUGUGCUUCGUGUUCAUACCGUGUGUCGAUGAUGCAAAGAAAAAAGCAAAUGUACAAUCGUACUUUUUUCUAGAGUUAUUUACCGUUGAUUAAUAACGGUUAUAUACCUGGCUUCACGUACUGUCCGUUAAAAAUUGACCGAGGACUAAAUACUCAAACUCAUUUUCGUUUUCAACGAUUGUCCGUGCCGAAUUUUCUUCCAAAAGUGUAUGUGUUCCUCGCAAGGAAUUGUCAUCAAAACUUAUUGUACCUUUGACUCGUGGGAAUUCUCUCCUCUCUCGCCGAUAAUAUGUCCGGGGUGCAGUCUCAUCUGUCGAACGGAAUCUUGAAUGGAUUCGCUCGAGAGGACAAGGUUGCUCCGUCCGAAAUUUCUCCGAAAUAUGCAACCCCAAGCGUAACUGGGCUUGAAGGUCCGAACCAAGUUUUGGCAUCAAACGUUGACUCGACGUCCGAGGCUAAUGGGAGAGUUAGAAUAAAAUAUGAAAAGUGUGAUCGUAAUCACGACGUGAUAUCGGUUCCUGGUCUCUUGAUGAAAACCGCCAAAGAGUACGGUGAUCAUCCUGCACUUGUGUCCGUACCUGGCCCCGAUGGAAGAAGAAAAACGUGGACCUACAAAGAAUACGAGACCGAGGUGAGGACCGUUGCUAGAGCAUUUUUAAAAUUGGGACUGGAACGUUAUCACAGUGUCGGUAUUCUUGGUUUCAAUAGUCCGCAGUGGUUCAUCGCUGACAUUGCUGCUAUAUACGCUGGGGGAUUCGCGGCAGGAAUUUAUACCACGAAUUCAGCACAGGCGUGCCAGUUUUGUGCAGAAAGUAGCAGAGCCAAUAUUUUGGUUGUCGAGGAUGCCAAACAGUUGGAAAAAAUACUUGAAAUAAGGCACAAACUGCCACACUUGAAAGCAAUCGUUCAGUACGAUGGGAUACCAACGGAAAAAGGCGUUAUCAGUUGGGACGAAUUGUUGGAUAUUGGAAGAGCUGAAUCGGACGAUAAACUCGAUGCGGUGUUAAAAACAAUUGGUGCUAAUGAAUGCUGCACUUUGGUUUAUACGUCAGGAACGGUUGGAAAACCAAAAGCCGUAAUGCUCAGUCACGACAAUUUGUUGCACGAUACAGAAGGAAUUUUCGAAGCCGUCGAGUUUGUUAAAGGACGGGAAACAGUUAUCAGCUUUUUACCACUUUCCCACGUCGCAGCGCAGGUCGUAGACAUUUUCACAUCGAUGAUUGCCGCCGGCACGGUUUACUUUGCUGACAAAAAUGCGCUGAAAGGAUCCUUGGUCGACACUUUAUUAGUUGCGAGGCCAACAGCAUUUUUGGGUGUUCCAAGAGUGUGGGAAAAAAUUUACGAGAAAAUGAUGAUUGUUGCGCGCAACAAUGGAAAAAUCAAGACGUGGAUAGCGACGUGGGCAAAGGCUCAGGGAUUGUUGUACAAUAUAAACAAAAUGAAUGGAAUUGAUUACAAACAUUGGGGUUAUCUCAUAGCGAAGUGGCUUGUUUUCAACAAAAUCAAAGCAACCCUCGGACUCGAUAGAUGUAAAAUUUUCGUAACUGCUGCUGCCCCACUUAGUACCGAUAUCAAACGAUACUUCAUGAGUCUUGAUAUGCCAAUUAUGGAAGCUUACGGAAUGUCUGAAUGCAGUGGAGCUCAUACACUUAGUAUAAACAAAAGAUAUAGAUUGGGAAGUGUCGGUCCCGUUUUAAGCGGUUUUAUUACAAAAUUAGACAAUUCCAAUGGCACGGGUGAAGGUGAAAUUUGCAUGAGAGGACGUCACAUAUUUAUGGGUUACUUGAAUGCACCGGACAAAACUAGAGAGGCGAAAGACGAGAACGGGUGGCUGCACAGUGGCGAUCUUGGAAGAAUAGAUCCUGCCGGAUUUCUUUACGUGACCGGACGAAUAAAGGAACUCGUCAUAACUGCCGGUGGUGAAAACAUACCACCAGUUCCUAUCGAACAGAUUUUAUUGGCAGAAUUACCAGCGUUAAGCAACGCGAUGUUAAUUGGUGACACGAAAAAGUUCCUCACGAUUCUGGUCACGUUAAAGACGGACAUGGAGCCGGAUACUGGUGCACCUCUAGACACGUUGACAGAUGCUACGAGAUUGUGGGCCAAAUCGAUCGGAUCUACAGCUACGACCGUAACGGAGGUUUUAAAAACUCGAGAUGCAGCGAUUUACAAAGAGAUCCAAGAAGCGUUGAAUAGAACGAACAAUCACGCGACGAGCAAUGCUCAGAAGGUUCAAAAGUUUCAAAUUUUGCCCCACGAUUUUUCGGUACCAACCGGAGAAUUGGGUCCAACACUCAAGGUCCGAAGGAAUGUAAUCGCCAAAAAAUAUUCGAAUCUUAUCGAGGAGAUGUACAAAUAAUCAACAUUUAUUAGAGGCGCCGAAUGGAGUACUACUAUUUUGGAAAGUGAGAAGAAAACUAAACGAAAGAGAGAGAGAGAGAGAGAGAGGAAAAAACAUGCUGAAAUGACUGUGUGUGCACAGCGCGAGGACGAUUGAGAUAUAUUUAUAGGUACAUCGAAAAUGAAGCAAAUAAAAAUGAAUGAAAGAAUGAAAGAGGAAGAGAGAGAGGGGGAGAGAAAAUAACCAAAACAUACACACGAAUAGUGAAUAGUAAUGGCAAUGGUGAAGUGUCCAUACUCCUCGUGUACCUGCUUCAAGACUGGCUAAAAUUAGAAUGAUUCUUGGGCAAUUAUAAAAAUGGGAAAAUAAAAAUUGUCGAUUAAUGCGCUGAGAAAGGCGUGAAGAGCGACGAUAACGGUUAAUGAUUUGUGAUAUUGAUACACAAUUUUGUAUUCCACGGGAGAAUUGAUUAUUCGAUUCGGCAGGUCAUUAUCGUUUUUCUGUUUCAUUAUAUAAAUGAAAGUUUUUUUUGGCACUAUUGGAAUACAUCGGUGCGCUUGAUAAAUUCCAAGACGAAUAUUUUCGAUAGUACCAUAAAAAAGGGGAUUUUUUUUUUAUUUUGCCCCCAAUACGUCCGAGUGUUGAGACAUCAACAAAAAUCCCACAUUUUUUGUCUCCGUUCAACAUUCCGGCAAAGCCGGAGAGUAAAAAAACGACGAACAAAAAUUUUGUUAAAUUCUUCGUACUAUCGAUGAAAAUCGACUUCGUCGGAUAAUUCUAAAAUGAUGAAACAAAAAAUGUGCGAAUUAUUGAAAUAAGUCAAAAAAUGUUGCUUGUAAAAAGCGCUUUGCUGAGCCGAGGUUAUUGUAAAUUAAGGGGGGAGGAGGGUUGUCGUAUCUGGCUGCGACAAUCAAGUCCGCAAAAAGUUGCCAAUUUUUGUGGACAUAUAAAUCGAAAUAUUAAUGCGAAUUAGAUAGAAAAACGUGAUUUUUUUCCAGACUGAGUAAACGAAUUUCAUGAAAAAGUGUGAUUGAAAUUUACAUCGUUGUGAGACAACCAAUAUUUCUUUAUUCCUCGUCGAAUCUACUUUCCAAGUAAAUAUUACUUUUGUCCUGUCCUAAGGCUCGAGAAGGACCAAUUUUCUUAAUUGAUAAAUGCAAAAAUUUAUUCGAUUGAAAAGAAAUUUCAGUGUCUUCGAUGUGAAUUUCAACGUCGUGCGAUGCGAUGGAAAAUACUUCCUGCGCUUGUUAACGGCUCGAGACUUCAAUUUAUCUCGUAUUUUCUGUUAUUAAAGUUAACAAAAUAAUGCUCGUACCGCAGCAGAAAAAAACCGUUAAAUAUUUAGACGUGCAACUUUUUCGAAAAAUGGCGAUAAUUUUUUUUUCCUUCUCUACCGUUAGACUUGUCAUUGAAAAUACCACCAUUUCCGAAAAAGUUGCACUUUUGAAUAUUGACCAAAAAAAAUUACCGGAAAUUAGCCGAUUUAGAGAUGACAAGUGCUCUUUCGAGUGUAUAAAUAACGAAUAGGGAUGAAAAUAAUUAGGAAAGCAUAAUUAUAAAGUUGCGUUUGCGAUCGGCGGGCAUCCAGAUCGCGAAUAUAAUCAGCGGAUUAAAUUAUUCUCCAAUGACGAUGAUUAUUAGUUCAUUCAUUGAGCAAUCGCGAAGCGUAUCCGUCGAUGCAUUUUCAUACUUUCUGUAAAAAAUCUGAUGGCAUAUAUAUUAUAUAUAUAUAUAUAUACACACAUAAUACAUGCACGUACUUGCGUUCAAAUGCAUAUUUUUGUUCAUAUAUAUGUAUGUAAUAUAUAUGAUAAGCGUUUUGCCAGGAAACAUGUACAUAAUUUGUAUGGUUAGAGUCCUAACUUCGCUGUAUCUGAGAAAAAGACGAUAAGAUAGUGUUACGAAAACUUGAAAGAGAGAAAGAGAGAGAGAGAGAGAGAAGAAAAACGCCUAACAAGAAUUUGCCGCUGUGAGAAAGUUUCUUUUUUUUUUUUUACACAUGUCGCACGAUUUGUUAGAGGAACGAGAGUACUUAAUGAAUAAUCCUAAGAAAGUGCCUUUUCAUGUUUGAGAGAGAGGUAGGAAAAAAAGAAAAAGGCUACAGAUUAAAGGAAGAGGUGCAAAUUAUUUCUCAUCGUACAUCGUUGACUUGUGAUUUUAAGAAUUAUUCGACGAUUCCUCCUCGGUUGAACCAACUUCAGUGCUCUCUUAUUGAUUUCGGUUAUUCGGCACACCGGCGAGGCGUAUGCGAGAGAAAAACAUUCGCGACAAUAAAUCUUCGAAACUUCACGGUCGAGUCUGCUAUUUAUUAUUAUUGUUAUAUUAUUUCGUAUAAUCACAUCGGCAUAAUACGGUUAAACAAACGAUACGUCGAAGUAGUCGGUAUAAAUGAUUUAUGAAUCGAAUGCUAAAUGGGCAAAGUGUAAGUUAUUGUAAUAACGAUAAUAAUAAUUAUUAUCAUAUUAAUACCAAUAAUAAUAACGAUUAUCGCUAACUCAAAAUUGAAGGCGAAACAAAUAAAUCACAAUCAUCCGAAUAAAUUGUUUUCAUGGAAAAUA